AUGCUGCCGACUCUGAGCGAAUUUGUGGCCGGUUUACAAAACGACCCGCACCAUUUGAAGGGAUUUCUUCGACUUACCAAAAUACUGCUACAACUAGUCCUUGAAUAUCCCGGUUUGCCGUCCGGAAUUGCUGGUCGUACGCCACUUGAGCAAGCCUAUAAAGAUGUCGGCUUACAUCGUGAAAAUUAUUCGGAGCUGCUGAGGAUGUUUCUUACGUCGCGAGAUGAUGAAGGCAAAAAGGUAAAUGCUAAAUGUCAUAAUUCUGGAAGAACUUGUAUUUUAAGGAUAAUUUGUCGGCAGUUACUAAAACUCGGCUCGACCGUUACCGUAAUCUCCCCGCUAACGAUAUUUUGCGACGGCGCAAGCAACCCUAAGGCACCCCCUUACCUCCAACCCCCGGUGCCCAGAACCCGCGCACAGUGUCCUCUUAUAGCCAAUCCAUCUGUAACAUCCAGCGUUCCGUGCCGCAGCCCGGUAAAGACACCCGAAAAAAUCUUUCGCAGAUUGCAUAUGGCGCCGGUCGAGCGGGAUUGA